AGCUGGUGAGUUUGACAUCUAGUGCACUUGUUUAUCCCGUCUUUAGAUGUGGUUAAGAGGCUGAAUUUAUUUCUCAUAGUUCCCACAACACAUAUUUCCAAACAAAUUGGCAAGCACACCACUGUUGUGUUUUAAAAGGUCCACUGCAAUGUGAGAGAGCCAAGAAGAAACAGGGCAGGAAGACUAGGAAGAUGGAGGAAGAAUUAGGUGGCAACAUCCGAGCUGGUGAAAGAGACUUCUACGAGGAAUGUGUUGAAAUGAGCUCUAGCCUAGAAACAAUCCCAAACAAACAAAUCUGGUUCAAAGUACACAAACAGGAGAGGAUUGCCGUGCAGGAGCGUAUCACACAUGGCCGCUCUGCCGACGGCUCUGCCUCGGAGCUGGAGCUGAGUGAGGAGAGCGAUAGCGGACUAAACAAUCCCGAUGAUGAAAUUGGUCCUAAUAGGUCAACUGUUAAUAAAGAGGAAAUCAGUGAAGAAGAAGAUCUACAGAAACAGGUGGGCUCCUUGCUCAAUGCCAUGAUGGAGGUACUCCAGACCUCCGACGAGGUGGAUGAGCUAGUCUUAAGGAACACGGGGCUGACGGAUGACCUGCUGCAGAGUCUGGUCGCUGCCCUGAAGCAGAGCCCAUCUGUGGUGAGCACCAUGAAUCUCAACUUGAACCUCAUCAGCCCUGUGGGAGUCCACAGCCUACUGGAGCUGUUGCAAAGCAGGCCACAGCUCCAGAGUCUCUUUUUAUUUGGGAACAGGUUGGGGGAUUCUGGAGUUCAAAUGCUGUUCACAGGACUGGCUGACCUGCAGACGAGCACAAAUAGAGAAACAGGGAUGUCACUGCAGCCUCAAGCAACACAAGGAAUGAUGACUUUACCUCCUAUUCCACAUCAGGGCCCUCCAUUCGUUGCCUUUCGCCUCUCUGAAUUGGACUUGGGUGGAAACGGGAUAACCGGCGAUGGACUGCGUGUUCUGGCCACCUACAUGCGGUACCAUUCUCAGCUGCGUUAUCUUGCUCUGGCACAGACCGGCGGCGCUGAGGUAACCAUGUGGACCAUGCUGUUUGAGAGCCUGAAGGUGAACACCGAGCUCGCUCACAUCGUCCUCGAUGAGUGCAACCUCGGGGAUCAUGGGGCAAAGCUUUUCGCGGAAACACUGAGGGCCAACGUGGCCAUAAAGAAAGUGGACUUGGAUGGGAAUGGCAUUCGCGACAGUGGGGGCAGUGCGAUCCUGGAUGCACUUGUGAGUCGGAAACAAAGCCCCCUCCAGCACCUCAGCAUGGAGGAGGGGAAUUUUAUCAGUACGGCCCUCAUGGUGAAGAUCUUACAAGAAGUUCAGGCUAAUUGGCCUGCAGUGCAAAACAUCAAUCUACCAUUACUUCCACCAACAGGGGUAAUGCAGCAAUGACUGAAAAACGGUUGUGACAGAAGAGUUCAGUGUUUUUAGAGUUUUUGCUGUUUGUUUUGGUUAAAUUCUAUGACAAUAUGUCCUCAUAAAGGCUUACACAUCCUUGGAUUUUAGUGAAAGUGUUAUAUUUUCCUGUAAAUCAUUUCUGAAGU